AUGGUAAAACGUAAGAGCGCCAAGCGAAGCAAUUCGGUAUCUGCCGGAAGUGCCACUGGCUCAAGCAACCAAACUUCGAAGAAUGAGACAGCAACCAUUUCCUCAGUUCUAGGAACACCAAAACUUCGACCCGUGGAAGCUAAUGAUACCCCGAUUGAUGAUGAGGUCGAAGACGAAGAAGAUGAAGAAGAAGAAAAGGAAGUGGUCAAAAGGAAAAAAAUACAUCAAUCAAGAAGGGUUGUAUUCAUUCUUGGUGCCCUUAUUGGUCUCUUUCUUGCUGUAUUCUUCUCUACCAAUUCUCAUGAUUCACUUCAAAAAGAGUUGGAAAAGUUGGUCAAUUAUGACUCUGUAAGUGGGAUAUUGGAUGACUGGAGAGAUGUACUCCCCUCUGGCAUUCAAUCCUUGAUCUCAGACAUCGAAAUUUCGUCUUCCACAAAGGAAGAGGGCCAGUUACACGGGAGCGCUGAUUCCUUUUCUGUGGGUAAAAGAAUGGUGUUACAGCAAAACUUGACUGAAGUUCAUAAUGUAGUUAUGGUUCCGGGAGUAAUUUCCACCGGAAUUGAGUCAUGGGGCCUUGAUUCCAUAGAUGGAUGCCAAUCUGAACCAUAUUUCCGUAAGAGACUUUGGGGAUCUUUCUAUAUGUUGAGAACCAUGGUAUUGGAUAAGGCAUGUUGGUUAAAACAUAUAAUGUUGGACCCUGAAACAGGCCUUGAUCCUCCCAAUAUCAAACUUAGAGCUGCCCAGGGCUUCGAAGCUGCGGAUUUCUUUCUUGCUGGGUACUGGAUUUGGAACAAGAUUUUGCAAAAUUUAGCAGUGAUAGGUUAUGGCCCCAACAACAUGAUCUCCGCCAGUUACGAUUGGAGAUUGGCAUACUUGGACUUACAGAAAAGAGAUGGUUACUUCACUAAAUUGAAAAACCAAAUUGAAACUAUGAAGUACCUUAACGGCCAAAAGUCUAUUCUUGUGGGACAUUCCAUGGGGGUGCAAGUUAUCUACUAUUUCAUGAAAUGGGUGGAAGCGGAAGGUGAGUUGUACGGAAAUGGUGGUAGCUCAUGGUGUAAUGAUCAUUUGGAAGCAAUGGUUGACAUCCUGGGAUCUUCAUUGGGUGCACCGAAGGCAAUUCCUGCCCUACUUCUGGGAGAGAUGAAGGAUACAAUUCAACUUAACGCAUUGGCAGUUUAUGGGUUGGAAAAGUUUUUCUCAAGAAAGGAAAGAGUGGAUAUGUUGAGAAGUUUUGGUGGUAUUCCUUCAAUGUUACCUAAAGGUGGUGAAUUGAUUUGGGGAAACUUAACUUAUGCUCCAGAUGACCCGCUUAAUACCUUAGAAACUGACGUCGGUGAUGAACAGGCAGUUGGUAUGGAAAAAAUAGAUGAGAAUACCCAAAAAAAUGAUUCUUUUGGAACUUUUAUCAGAUUGAAGAAUAGUGUUGAAGGAGAAGGGGACGAGGAUCAAGAAGUGCACAAGAAGUUCACCAUUAAUGAGAGUAUUGAUUAUCUAUUAGAUACGGCACCAGAUUGGUUUUCCAACAGAGUAAGGGAGCAGUAUUCCUUCGGCAUUGCUAAAACAAAGGAAGAGCUUGAGCGUAACAACCAGGAUCACCUGAAAUGGUCAAAUCCAUUGGAAGCGGCGCUUCCUAAUGCGCCAGAUAUGAAGAUGUAUUGCUUUUACGGAGUCGGGAACCCCACUGAACGUGCUUACGCAUAUCAAAAGGCAGAUGCUGCUUCAAAGUUGGAUAUUACUAUUGACACAGAAGCUGAAAUCCCGGUGUAUUUCGGUGACGGUGAUGGUACUAUUUCACUUUUAACUCAUACCAUGUGCCACGAAUGGCAGAAGGGUUCUAAAUCUCGGUUUAACCCUGGUAAUAUGUCCAUUACAAUUGUGGAAAUAAAGCACGAGCCGGAUAGAUUUGAUAUUAGAGGAGGUGCCAAGACUGCAGAACAUGUGGAUAUCUUGGGGCUGGCCGAAUUAAAUGAGCUUGUCUUGAAGGUUGCGGCAGGAAAGGGCCAUACCAUUGAAAAUAGGUAUGUUAGUAAACUACAAAAGAUCGUUGAAGGGUUUAAUAUAUAA